UCAAUAUUGCCGUAAAGUGUUUAAAAUAAAAUGUCCCUUUAUAAAAUCCUAAGUAUUUGUUAUUUUCGACUGCGAUAGAAAUGCUUCUUUGUCAUAUGAGUACUGUGCUCAAUAUAUGAAAUGAUGAAGUUUUCGUUUCAACACAGAGCUUUUUAUUGUUACUUUGGUAUGAGUGUUUGGAUUUUUUUCCUGAUAACUGUUGUUUACAAGUAUAUGUCAGUUGGAGAAGAAACGGUUGCAUUGAAGGUAACACAGAACGAGUUUGUAUCAAAAACAGACUCCAAAUAUAGGAAACUAUUUCUCCGAGCAUGCAAUCCACCUGACAGCAUUGUUAGAGGAUCAGAAGCUGCUGUAGACACUGACACAUGGCUAUUGCAAGGAGUGUUGGUGGUAACCAGACAUGGAGACCGUGGUCCCCUUACCCAUCUCAGGGGAGGUGAUAAACUACCAUGUGAUACGGUGCCUGUCUCUCCUAUGCUCAAAAGUUACGAGGAGUUUGUGUUGAAUGCGAGUGCGUCGGGUCGCGCGUGGUGGGUCGCGGGCCCGGGGCCCUUCCACAACUUCCCCUCCCUCCCCCGCGCCGCCGCCACGCACUGCGCGCUCGGGCAGCUCACGCCGACUGGUGUUCUGCAGAUGAUCACCGUUGGUAAUAUACUCAGAGAGGCCUAUGGGGAUAAACUUGGCGCGGAAUAUAUGGAUUUGACAGGGAAACGUGACACAGGCGGCGUGGUGCUCAGCACGCGCUACCGGCGCACGUUCCAGUCGGCGCAGGCGCUGGCGUGGGGCGGCACGCGCGCGGCGGGCGCGGCGCGCGAGGCGCACAGCGUGGCGUUCUGCUUCCGCCACUGCGCCUGCGCCGCGCUGCACCAGCUGGACAAAAAAAUAAGCUUGCAGGCGAAAAGUCGCUUGGAAUCCCAUCCAGCCGUAAAGGAAUUGAUACAUAAACUAUCAAAAGUGUUAUUCGAAUCUCAAGAGUACAUUGACGCGGAUGUGGUCAGAGACGCGCUGUUAGCGUAUAUGUGUCACGACGCGCCAUUACCGUGCACGGAGAAACUUAAUAAAUUGAAACCGAAGCGAUCACUUACGAAGGGAAAGAGGAAAUUGCGUUCCGAAACUCUCCCAAACAGACACCUUUUAGACGUUGAUAUAGACACUUUGAACAUGGAAUUGGAUUAUAUAAACAAUCAACUAGAUUUCAAUAACGAGAUUGGCAGAAAAGCCAGAGACAUCAUAGGGAGGUACGAUAAACAAAAGGCCCCUCUAGAUUUCGACGCCCAAAUGGAGAGGGAGAAACUACUUUACUACCAACAGAGAUAUAUGGACAAUGCAGAUACAUACGACGACGUUGUUAUCGUUAAAAAGAAUUUAGAUGGAGAUUUCAAUUUUCCAAACGACGCUCGAGAGACUGACUUUGAUGAAGAUUACAGGGAACCGACGCCUGAGAGCAAGGAAGAGUUUUGUAUAAAGAAGGAACACGUGAUGUCCGUUUUCGCUUAUCUGGAAUGGAGUUACAAGCAAGAAGUUAAGAAUAUUCAUAACAGACGACGAGGUCUUUUGAUAGCGUACGGCUUAAUCCACAACAUCGUCCAGAACAUGAUAAGAAUAAUAUCAGAGAGCCGACCGAAGUUUGUGCUGUACUCGGGACACGAUAAAACGUUGCAAGCGUUAAUAUUAGCGUUAGGUCUCAAUAGUUACCAGCACUACAAUAUACAGUACGCUUCGAGAAUGAUAUUCGAAGUUUACAGGAAGAAAGAUCUACGCGAUGAGUUUAAAUUCACCAAAAGAAAAGCCGUAGCCCAAGAUUUUUACUUUCGCGUCGUCUACAACGGCGACGACGUGACGAAUAAACUCAGCUUCUGUAGGAAUCGACAGAAUAUUGUGAUGAAGGUCAACGACCCGAUCGAUGAUGUUAAAACGUACAAUACAUAUCUAUGUCCAAUUGAAAAUAUCGUCAGAUUUAUACAUGAUGAUUUUUUCAUAGGUUUCAAUGUUAGUAAUUUUAAAGACGCAUGCGCAACGUACGGUAGUUCGAAGCGCGUUUGAAGAUAGAUUUUGUGAUGUUUUCAUUUAUUUACAAGUAAUCAUAUUUACUAAGUGUAUUUGAGGAUAUUGUAACGUGUAAUAUGUUGGAAUUUAGAAAUUGUUAUCUUAAAAGUAUAGGUUUAAUUGAAUAAUUGUAUUUUCUAAAUCAUAUCAUAUCUGACUCGGGAUAACAAAAUCGAGAGAAAUUUUUUACCUCAUGUGAAUAUUGAAAGAUGCUCUACAUGAGUAAUUCAGAAACCUAAUUUCCAUUAGGUUUACUAAUAUCAGUAAAAUGAUACAAUGUUAGCAGUUCUCUCUGGCAUUUUCUAACUUUAUCACGAAUACUAGAUGGAUGUUGAGUAUAACUAUAAUUCCUCACGAAUAUCUAUAGCCGAUGAUAAAUAGAAUAACGUCCUCCCCACCGAACUUCGGCUAAAACAGCCAAAGGCAUAACUGCAACCAGACAAGGUUGUGCGGAAAUAGGAAUUUCUUUGUCACUCCUAAGUCCGAUUGAAUAACUAUCCGAAUCAAUCCAGUGAACGACCAAGGUGCAGGAAUGUGCCCCUACCAUAUUUUUAUUUCAUAUCGUUUAGCAGCAUGCUAAUAGAAGUUCAAUGUAUGUGUAAUAGAAAAUCCCAAUUUUUUAUUAACCUGAAUUGCUAUUCGAAACGGGGACCGCACAAUAGACCAAAAGAUAAUUAAAUAGCGACACAUUUACACGAAAAUAUAGGUAUGAUACUCAAAAUAUUAAUUUCGAAAAUAAUAAUUGAUAAGGUUUAUCCCUAAAUUGAUUUAAAAAUACAUAUCGAAAAAAUAUAUUAUAACUGGCACGUACUUAUGUAUUAUUUAUUGAGAUUAUAUAGACUGAUUAAGUAUUAAAAUUUAAUUUGAAUAUUUAAAUUUUUAGGCGGAAUAUAGACAAAUCGAAACCUUUUUUAAAAUGCAUUUAAUUAUUUGGGUGAGAAUAUGUUGCCAUAUAAAAAUAUAAAUAAUAAUCAACAGCUUUAAAAUAAAGAAAAAUUACAAGACGAUAGUUUCGUUAUAUACAUUUUAAUACAAUUAAUGAUUACUUAAGUGGUCUACUUAUGUUUGAUUUACUUCUAGAUCUCAAAUCUUAAUGUAUUUUUAUUUAUUUUUAACGUACGUACAUAGUAUUUUUAUUCACAAUUAAGUAAAUAAUAUUUUAAUAUGGAAAAUUAUGUGUAGUCUAUUCCAAAGGAAAAAAGAUAAACAAACACAUAUUUAUAUAUUGGAUGCAAUGUGAUUAGCUACGUAACAUAAUGCACUACAGGCGAUUCUUGAUUAUUCUAUAUAUUCUUUUAAUAUAACACUUAUAUCCGGUUUAACUUUAUUUCCAGAUUUCAGAUAAUAAUUUCGUCCGCAUUCAAAAAUAAUAAUGACAUAGAUUGUUUAAGGUCUCGAUGAUGUCAUGCCAGUUCAUAGUUGUUUAUCUUUAUUCUUCCUACCAUUUGAAUAAGCUAUGCAAUGUUAUUUAUUGAAAAAUGUUAACAAUGCAACUUGACAAAACUAAAAAAAUACCUCUUUCGAUCUCAAAUACCAGUUAUAAUUUAAUAAAUAUGAUUAAUUUUAUAUAUUUAAUAACUUAUAUUAAGUAACUGACUGAGUUUAUAAUAACAUAAUUUUGUAUCUUAUAAAUUCAGUAAAUUAUUUAAAUAAAUAUAAUAUAGUUAAAAAUAAAGUAAACAUAACAGCCAGUAAAUGACCAACCAGCGCUUUGGCCCCCUCCCUUGAUUCUCCUCAAGAGGAGGUUUUGUUAGAGCUCCAAUUCCACUACGCUCCUUCGAUACUGAUUGUUACAUGUAACAGAUUUUCAACCGAUAUGUGUAGUUUUCACGUUGUUGUCUUGACCAUCAAGAUUGAGAUGUAAUAUUGAUACAAAGUCACGUGAAAACUCAAUGGUAUCCAAAAUUGAACCUGUAAUCCUUGUUUUAGAUUUGAGCGUUUUAACCACAGCGCCAUUAGGGCUUAAAAUGUAUAAUGAAAAUUAAUAAAUUUGUAUUAAUAUUACUACUAAUUGAGUUUUUUGUAUUAAUUUGUCAUUCGUAGAUGAAUAGAAUUAUCUUAAAAGACUGCACAAAAGUAUUUAUCACAAAUUUUAUAAAAUGUGUUAGAUUUAGAUAAGUAAUAAAUAGUUUGUAUUCAGUUUAAUAAUGUAUUUGUAACUAUAAUAAAUGUAUUUUUUAUUUUAAUAUUUAUUAAUGUGAAACCUCUUUGGGCGCGAUAAGAAUUAAGUUUAACGUUUAAAGUUUCUAACGCAAAAAGGUUUCACUUCGGCCACGUGAUGAUUUGUACGCGCUGCUUUGUAUCUGUUGACAUCUUACUGUAUUUUACACUUAUAUUCUUAUAUAAAAAAUACUAACGCACAUUGUACGUUCUUACAUAUCAUU